AUGCCCUUCAAGCUGACCGUAGUGGCUUCGGACUCCGAAUUCGACGAACUCGUCCGAUGUGAAUUUGAUGCCUAUGAGAAUCCGCAAUGCAACCUCAAAAAUCUCUUCUUUCCCAUCCAGGGUUCUUCACCUACUGCCCGCGACACAGCCAUUCAGGAUGCCGUCAAGCGCCAAAUACACUGGCACCGCUCCGACCCCUCCAGCCAAUGGAUUAAGGUGAUCGAUGUGGAGUCUGGCAAAAUCGUUGGCGCUGCCUGCUGGCACAUUUACGAGACCAACCCUUAUACCGUCACUUCCGACGAGGAGUGCAAUUGGUGGCCUACAGGCGAGGCCCGUAAUAUUGCCAAUGCACUUAUGGGGCAGUUCCUCGUUCCGCGAAUGACAUACAUGAACAAACCGCAUGUCUUCCUGGAUAUCUGCUUCACGCAUCCUACCUACCGACGGCGUGGUGUGGGCAACAUGUUGAUGGAGUGGGGUGUUCAGAAGGCCGAAGAGAAGAACCUGGAGUCUUACAUAGAUGCUACGGAAAUCGGGCGUGAGCUAUACAGCAAAUGGGGCUUUGUAGAAGGGAGACAACGAGAAUUCACGCUAGCGAGCUUCCCCGAAACUCCAAAGCGUAACGAGUUGAACGAGUUGUUGCUGCCAUUUGUGUGGUGGCCGAUGUAUAGGCCGGUAGGAGGCAAGUAUGAGGAAAACAAGGGACUAUUUCCAUGGGAUAAGAACUGGUAA